GCCGCCGCUGCUGCUGCCGCCGCCGCCGCCGCCGCUGCUGCUGCUGCCGCCUCAAAAUAAUGUAGAGAACAAAAUGGCUUCACGCUGCUGAGUGGCUGUGAGCACCACUGUCUCCUCGCCUUCAUUUCCCCCUCAACACCGCCUCUGAACUAUGAUAACCAGGGCUGAUUGUGGUGGGUGUGGGGAAGCUGAGUCCCACAGAGUCUUCUGCAGAGGUCACUGAAACACGGCAGGUUGACCAAGACAAGUGGCGGUGGGUGUAGUAUGGAGCAGUAGCUUCAGUGAGGUCCCAGUUCACUGUGGAUCAGGCCAAGGGUGGGUGUAAGGAAUGAAAUGUGACAAGCCACUUUCCUGAGUAAAUUUAAUAAUAGAUGCUGAUUCUCAAGUUUAAAUGUCUACCACAGGAAAAAUGUCACGUACAACAGGUGCCUCCACAAGCAAGCAUAAUGGGGGGUCAACACUAUACCAGUGUGAUGUUUGUGGGAAGGACUUCCCCUUUAAGGUUGUACUUGACAUGCAUAAAAAAGAUCAUACAUUUAAGAACGUUUUCAAGUGUCACAUCUGUGGUGUGUCAUAUCCCAAAAAAAGUCAGUUAGACAUGCACUACCGAAAACAUACUGGGGAAAGACCCUUCAAGUGUGAUGAAUGCGACUCGUCCUUCAUGAACAGCAGUAACCUUCAACGUCACAAACGUAAGCAUGUAUGUAAGCGACGCUAUGAUAGUGAUGAAUGGGAAGCUGCUUACACUUUAAGCGAUAAUUUGAGUGCUGAGAAACGUGCUAAAAACAGUACAGAUGAAGAUAACUCAGAAAAUCCCUAUACAUGUACAGAAUGCGGUGAAACAUUUACGAAGAUGAAUACCUUAAUGAUUCAUAAAAAGAAGCACUCUGGUGAUCGGCCAUUUUCUUGUGAAGAUUGUGGAGCCAUGUUUGCAGUACGUGCUAGCUUAGAUUACCACAAACUGAAACAUUCUGGAGGAGAGUCUUCUUACUGGCAGAAUGUAUGUGACAUAUGUGGUGAAGCCUUUACUUCAAAGGAUGGUCUCAUGCAACACCAGAGAAAGCAUACUGGCGCUAGGCCAUUUAACUAUGAUCGAUACUUUGCCGCAUUCUCAAAUUCGGGUGAUAGUGCUUCAAUAGACGGGAGCAUGCAAGUGUCUGGAGAGCAAAUUGGAGCACAAGCCACAGCAGGGCAACAAGUUCCAGCUCAAGAACAACAACAGCUACCAGCACAUCAUCAGCAGCAACUUCACCCUGGUCAGCAACACCACCAUCAACUGCAGCAUCUUCCAAACCAACAACACUAUCCACAACAUAUGCAUCAGCAGCAGCCAGAACAGCAACAAGAGGAUGGACAAGACCCAUCAGAACUCACAUUGCAACUGCAUGAGCUACAGCCAUCUCCUCAGUUACAUCAGAUAAAUCAGGGAGCCUCUCACUUACAGAUACCUUCAGCUCUAGGAAAUCAACAUGGCACUCAGGGGUAUGCAGCUCAGGUAAGUCAAGAACAAGUUGUUCCUGGACCUAUGGGGCCUCAAGCAUUGCCUGUACAACAGACUAAUGGAAGAAUGGGAAACAUGCAGGGUGUUUAUAUCAAGGAAGAACCAUCUGAAUGACUGACACAAUACUAUUGCUUCGCUCACUGGUGUGAAACUGUUUUGUUAUCUUCAUACAAGGUGAAUGUUUUACAUGGAUGAUGAAUGUUUUUAAGUGUCUGUAAAGAGUUGCACCUUAAAAUGAUAAAAAUUUAGUUAUGUAAACUAUAUAUGAUGGUUAUAUUUUGAUUACAGAAGUGUCUGCCUGACAAGACAAGUUAUGUUGUUUUGCUGUACAAAUAAAUUAUUAUUUAAUUAUUAAAACUAUUACUAACAUUUCAUGCAGGCUUGCAUACUUGAUUAGCCAGAUUACAAAAUUUACAAUACAAUGUCUAAGCUUAAUAUUAAUUUGCACCUGCAGUUAACAAUAAUAUUUGAAUUUGUGAUGAUCAUUCAAUUUUAGACAUGUUAGGGAAGAAAACAUCAAGAUUAAAUAUUGAAUAAAAAUACACUAAUGUUUUGAUGCAGUUGUUUGUCUUGGGUUACACAUGUUAGUGGCAUAUGUUAUUUUGAGGGCUGCUGAAUCAUCCAAUUUGCCGAAGCAAGUGCUGUACUGCGAUACAUACAAAUUUCUGCUUAUCCUUUGUGUUUUUGAAGCAGCAUCAGAAAUAUGAAUAUUGUACCCACUAAGUGCUAUUUUAAUAUCCAUUUUGCUGUGGACCACUUGAAGAUUUGUCAGGAAUCUGUUCAUGCUUUUAAAUAUCAGUUGAAAAUACAUCUUUUUUUCUUGAGCUUAUGAUCAUAUUGUCACUCUUGAAUAUAAACCUAAGUAUUUCUUCAUUGUUGUCACCUUUAUGCCUUGAUAUGUGAGCGCUUAUGAGUUUAUUGAAAGAAUAGGCACUUAAGACUAACAAAAUCCCAAAUUGUUAUUUAUUAUUAUUAUUCAUAAUGUAUGCCUUGUUUGACAUUCAGUUGACAUGGAAUACAGUAUUUUUCUUUUACAUUAUAGCAAUCCACACCAGGUAUUAAAACUGUAGUAACAUGGAAGCACUCUAUGUACUCCUUGCAUAUUUGUUUGUCAAAAAAAUAUGCUGCCAAUAUCUGUAGUAAGAUGUUACAAACUACAGAUUAAAAUGAACAUGGAAGUCACUACAGGAAACGGUAAGUACAAUUUUGUAAGCCUAAUAAGCUGAUUUUAAGUGCAUUUGGAAUAUUUAUAAAUCAGUGGCCACAAGUGCAUUUGCAGUGUCUUGCACAUUCGUGGCCUUGUGCAUGACUGGGGGGAAAACACUCCUACUAAAUGUUCCAAAAGCAUAAUAGUAGUACAUUUCAUUUUGAUGUUUCCUACAUAUUUUAGCAAUACACAUGUUCCUCAGAAAUCCUUACUAUAUAUGACAGUAAAUCCUCAGUAUAACAGACUGAUAGAGAGAAGCAGGGUUAUAAUUAUUGACAGUUGUGGUGGAUUGACGUGAAACUGGCUUGUCAUGAUGUACCAACAGACUUUGUCCUUUGUUUCUGAAUAGCCAGCACUGCAGUUUUGUAAUCUAUUUCCAAAAUCCAUUAAAUUGAGAUCCUUUAAAACAAAGGUUUAUUGCAUAUGUAUGUAAGAAGGAUAGAGGAGCAGGGAAGAUUUAUUAAGGGUAGGAAAUGUGUAGAUGAAGUGUUCUACAUUAAAGCAUAUAAGUGAGCAGUACUUAAGGGUAAAAAGCUGUUUGUUGCAUUUAUGGAUUUAGACAAGACAUAGCAGACAUGGAAGCCAUGUGGCAUAUAUUUCAAAUGUAUGGAAUAGGAGGUAGGUUACUAAUAACAGUUCAGAGUUUGUGCAGAGUGAGACUCGGGUUAAGAUAUGUAAGAGGGAGGUGGACCUGUUUCCCAGUAAAAUGCAUGAUGUAACCAUUGUUAACAUAAUUAUACACGAGUUUGUAGAAGUGAAUGCUAGGGUGUUGAGACGAGGUGUGGGAUUAAAAGAUGUUGGCCCUGAUACAAAAAUGGGAGUUAUCACAGUUGCUGACGACACAGUUCUUAUGUAGGAUUCUGAAGACAGAUUGUAAAGAUUGAUUGAUGAAUUUGAAGGGUAUGUAAAAGAAUUAAAAGUGAACAUAUAAAAGAACAAGGUGGUGAGGGUAACAAAAAGUCUAGGCAAUGAUAAGUUGAAUAUCCAAUUGCAGGGAGGAAGUGUGGAUGAAGUGGAUGUACUGAGAUAUUUGGGAAUGGCCAUGUCAGUAUAUGGGUCUGAAAAAUUAGGAACUGUUUGCCAGAUGAGCCAGUGCUUGUCCAGCAAAUUAAAAAUAGCCUUCAGGAAUCUCAACAGUCAUUCUGGCCUUGUUAUAUAAUGUAUGUCAAGUCCGUCUUUAAAUAUGCAUCACCAGCGUGGAAAUCCGCACCUGAAAAGCAUGUUAAGAAACUAGAGAAAGUGCUGAAGUAUGCAACGAUGCUUGUUCUAGAACUAAUAGAUAUGAGCCAAGAGGAGAGGCUAGGAACUGAACCUAGUAUUGGAGAGCACAAGGACCAGGAGAGACAUGAUAACAUACAAAAUACUCAGAGGAAUUGAUAGGUUUGACAGACUGUUGAGAGACAAGAAGCAGGCACUCCAGGACACCUGAAAGUUAGACAGAAGUGAGCCACAGGGAUGUCAAGAAGUAUUUCUUCGGUCUUGGAGUGGUUGGGUAGCAGAAUGAUCUCAAAGUAGGGAAGGCCGGUUUCAUACAUAGUUUUCAGAGCAGGUAUGAUAGUGCCCAUGAGGGUAGGAGGGAGUGAAACUGGCAAGUGGCAGGUUGAGAGGUAUGGCCAGGAGCUAGGCCUUAACCCCAGCAACCAUGUAUAGGCAAGUACACAUACAUGCAUACAAAUACAUACUGUAUUUUCUGGCAUGUAAGGCAUUUUUUGUUUUCCACAAAGUCUUGGAAGAUCACCCCUUUUCCUUAUAUACUCAAGGUCAGGGUUGAGGGUAGGCUUUGGGGUCUGCUUUAUCAGUUAUUUACUAGUGUUGCAUUACAACUGCUCGGAAACAUCGUCUUAUGUGCUCAUGCGCCUUAUAUGCCAGAAAAUGUGAUACAUAAUAUACAUGUAUAUACUGUACAUGCAUAUAUUUACAUAUAUUCAUAGACACUGUAUUUUCAACUUCGCAUAUUUUGAGAGAGUCACUUAUUUACAGAAAUGGUUGAGAUAGAUUAUGGAAGAUUCUGUUGUCAUAUCCUUUCACAGUGCUGGAAAAGUUUAUAGAUGCCAUAGUAAAAAUAAACAUUUGGUAUGGAGCCAAUGUGUUGUUUACAUUUGAAUCACUUACAAUUCAUAGUAAAAUUGUCAUAUGCAAUUGUGUUUUGCAUUAAUAUAAUUGUCAGUCUGUUAGACUGACAAUUUAUUUACAGCAAAAUAUGGUUAUCUUCAUUAUGUAUGUGCCAACUGUUCACUCCUAGGAUAUUCACAUUACAGUUCAUUGAAGAAAAAGCAUAUCUUACCAUUAUUUAUCAAUGUGCUGUAUUUUUUAAUGCUUUAACUUUAAUCCAGUGUAGAUAACAUUACUAGGUUUAUAUUUUAUAACUAACGAUACUAGAGCAUUAGCCUCUGUAGUAUUAUAUUUAGCAGGGGCAUUUAUAGAUCAAAUUUCAGCAGGAAAUUCUCAAUAUUCCAGUCUAUUUUUCAGGUUUCCAAUUUAAAUUGAAAAAUGCAAAUAACUAUCUGUAUUUUGUUAUACGUAUAUAAAAUGGUGUAUUGUAAGCAUGCCUGAGGUUGUACACGAGUCAUCUUGUUUAAAGGCAAACCAAAUACAUUUCAAAAUAAAUGAA